AUGGAUACAACGCAUGAUCUAUUGGCAUCUGGUUCAGGUGAUUCAACUGCUCGUAUAUGGAAUUUACAAGGUACAUGUAAACUUGAAAUUGUUCUAAAACAUAUUUUAUGUAAAGAUGUUACAAGUUUAGAUUGGAAUUCAUCUGGGACACAAUUAGCUACAGAUAGUUAUGAUGGUCAUGAUCGUAUAUGGUCGUCUGAUGAAAAUUUAAUCAGUACACUUGAACCUGUUUAUUCAGUUGCUUUCAGUCCAGAUGAUCGUUUAUUAGCAGCUGAUUCAUUUGAUAAAGCGAUUUAUAUUUGGGAUAUUCCACGAGGACAAAUUGUUCAUGGUUAUCGAAGUACUAGUGUUGGUGCAAGUGCUUCCGACGAAAUAGUAAGUUUUAUGGGUCGAUAA